AGAACCAAGAAAUAUCAUUCAGGAUUCACUUGUCCAGACAGAUUCUUCCAAAAGCUAGCAACAUGAAAUCAAUCAUCUUAGCUCUCGCUCUCAUUGGUGCUGCUUCAGCUGGUUAUCUUGCACCAGCUGCAUACAGUGCUCCACUUCUGGGAAGUUAUGCUGCUCCAGCAAUCGCCACCGCCGCUCCACUUGCCUACUCAGCUCCAAUAAUCAAAUCUGCCGCUUACGCUGCUCCAGCUUAUGCUGCCGCUGCUCCAGCUCUUGCUGCUGCUCCUGCAAUCGCCGCUGCCCCAGCUUAUGCCGCCGCUGCUCCAUUAGCGUACUCAGCUUCUAUUGGUGCUCCAUUGGCCUAUUCAUCUUACGGAAGCUACGGGUAUGCUGGAUAUCCUUAUGGUCUCUACAAGAAGAAGGCUGCUGCAUAAAGAUCGAAUAUCUCUCUUAAUAAAUAGUUGAAAAUAGACUGCUUUUAUAUUA